AUGCCACAACACCACUUCACGAACUGGUCGAGGACGUAUUCAUGCGAUGCAUCGCAUUUCAUUAACGCUCAUAACGAAGACGAUGUCACCAAGGCCAUUGAACUUGCCCGUUCGAUUCGUAAACCAUUGAGAGUUGUUGGAAGUGGACAUUCGCCUUCUGAUAUCGUAUGUACUGAUGGGGUAUUGCUGAGUUUGGAUCAUAUGAAGAGUGUAGUCAAGGUUGACAAGUCGUCAAAUACUAUUACAGUAAUGGCUGGCAUCAAAUUAUGGAUGCUGAAUGAAGUAUUGCACAAGUUGGGAUGGGCAUUACCGAAUCUUGGAUCGAUAGCUGAGCAGUCUAUAGCUGGAGCUAUCUCUACGUGCACACACGGCACUGGAGUCUCACUCGGAAACCUAUCAACAGCAGUAGUAGGCCUUACACUAAUAAACGCAAACGGCACCAUCCAAACAAUCACCAAGAACGACAACCCAUCACUCUUUUCAGCUGCAGCAUGCUCUCUUGGUGCCUUAGGCGUCAUAACACGAGUAACGCUCAAAUGCCCUAACUCAUUUCGAUUAAAGGCAUACCAGUUGCCAAUCAAAUUUAACGAGAUGGUUGAAUCAUUUGACCAGUUGGCUGCUUCUGCUGAUCAUGUACGGUUUCAUUGGUUCCCAUUGACUGAGGAUUGUGUUAUGUGGAAGGCUGGGAAGACUGCUGAGGCGAUACAACCUGCCAAAUCAAACUGGUGGAAUGACAAACUCCGUGGCUACUACCUAUACGAAGCCGCACUGUACGCAUCAGCCUUCCUUCCAUCCAUAACACCAGUCCUCAACCGUGGCCACUUUGCACUAGCAGCCGGUCCAACAAAUCAACCACCAUCCGUUAUCAUUGACGACAGCUACCGCGUAUUCGCCAUGGAAUGUCUGUUUAGACAAUACGUAUCUGAAUGGGCUAUCGAUCGGAAGGAUGCUCCUGCUGCGUUAAAGCAAUUAAAGGCACUGAUUUUGGAAAAGAAGUGGAUGGUACAUGCGCCUGUUGAGGUGCGGUUUGUGCAGAAGGAUGAUAUCAUGCUGAGUCCUGCGUAUCGGAGGGAUACGUGCUAUAUUGGGAUUAUUAUGUACAAACCAUACGAACGAACAAUCCCUCAUGCUGAAUAUUGGACUGGAUUUGAGAAUAUUAUGAAGUCAUUUGGUGGGAGACCACAUUGGGCAAAGGCCUUCCAAUUAGGACCAUCGGAACUAUCCAAAAUAUAUCCUCGCUUCACGGACUUUGUUGAUUUGGUCAGGAAAAUGGAUCCUGAAGGCAUUUUCGCAAACGAUUAUAUCAAACGACAUAUUCUUGGGAGCAAGAAUCCUGCUUCUGUUACAUCCAAACUAUAA